UCACCAUUGGGGGAGGACUACGGGAGUGGGGUAGGAACCGAAAGGGGGGAACUAGCCGAGUCGGAAAGUUGGAAAAUUUGUAUUCGUAGUGUCCGUUUCCCAAAACACGUCUUUCUUUAAAACCACGUUACAAGAAAUAAUAAAUAUGAGGUGACAGAUCCGCCGGAACGGAAAGGAAAUGGUACUUCCGGCUGGGAGCGUUUUAAUCCCCUCCAAGGUACUUCCGGGGAGGGAGUGGGCGGGGCAAAUAUUAUGUGCGUUUGGCGGGUUUCGCUUUCAUGGUAAAUAUCUUGUGAUUCCUUAGCCCCAGGAACGGAUCAAGUAGGAGAGAACGAAGACACCCGAAGUUGAAAAAGUGUGACUCAAAACCGCCGUCCGGCAUGUCUGCGGAUUUUAAAACUUACGCGGAUCAGGCAUGUCGAGCUGCUGAGGAAUUUGUCAGUAUUUACUAUGAUACAAUGGACAAAAGAAGAAGGGCACUUAUCCGACUGUACCUGGACAGGGCCACUUUAAUUUGGAAUGGAAACGUUGUUACCGGGCUGAGCGAGCUAAGACAUUUCUUUGAAAUGUUGCCUUCUAGUCAGUUCCAGGUUAAUAUGUUAGAUUGUCAACCGGUUCAUGAGCACGCUACUCAGUGCCACUCUACAGUUCUUGUUGUGACCAGUGGAACCGUGAAGUUUGAUGGGAACAAACAACACUACUUUAACCAGAAUUUCCUGCUGACAGCCCCGAACGCUUCUAAUAAUAACAAAGUGUGGAAGAUUGCCAGCGAUUGCUUCCGGUUUCAAGAUUGGUCUAAUAGUCGUUAAAUAGGGCACAAGUCCUUAGUUCCAGUAACAAAAGUUUAUAUACAAAAUAAUACAUUUCACUAAAAAGCUUUUCCUUGUAAAAGCACUUUCUUUAAUAUUUUUGUAUUUUUAGCAGCACUUUUUGAUGCAGCUGCCAGUUUGGAUUGUUGCCCUCAAGAGCUUUAAUGCUAGUUUUUUACAUGCCUUAUAAACACAUUCCACUAAUGACAUUCUUACAGUAGUAUUAAACAUGAUCUCAGUACUAACAUACUCACUGUGAAUCCAGCCUACUUCAAAAAUGGAAUCUUUUUAUAAUAGAAUAUCAGCACAACAUAGAUCUCUGGGGAAAAAGUGGAAUUGUUUGUUACUAGCUUAAUUUGA